UCAGAGAGGAGCUAACUAUAACUUGUAACUGGAGUAUGGUAUAUUUUGUAAGAUUGUUUUUUAUUUUUUAAUAAGUAAAGGCAGAACCCGAGAUGGGUUUCGCUACAUGCGUAUUGAUCCUGUUAUGCGGGAUUUACUUCUGCGAAGCUGGUUAUGGAGCUCCACCGCCAGUCCAAUCUGACGUCCAGGCGCCGUCAUACGCACCACCAUACGCGAAGCAUCGCAGCGGUUACGCAAAGACCGGUUAUUCAUCGAGGAAGACUUCCUACCACGGUAGUAAGACCAGCUACACGAAGACGAAAAGCGGGUCCAGCAGGAGCGGAACCAAAACCUCAUACAGCCAUUCAAAAUCCUGGUCUUCUCAAAAUGGAUCUCCACCAAAAUACGAAGAAUUCCAUGGUAACGCGCAGCAAUCGUACGCAGCGAAGUGCCAGCCGGACUGCAAGAACAAUGGCAUCUGCGUGGACACAAACACUUGCCAAUGCCCGCCCAACUUCAAGGGUAAAUACUGCGAGGUCGCCUCCAAGCCCUGCCUCUCCUACCCGCCGCUGCCCGCCAACGCUAUGAGGAAAUGCUCGCAGGAGUUCUGCACAGUCCAGUGCAUGGAGAACCACAGGUUUGCCGGACUAGGAACAACUGUGGUCAACUUGAAGUGUGGAGUCAACGGCGUGUGGGAGCCGACGGUACCUUUGCUGGCGAGUGUACCAGACUGCGAGCCUAUUUGUAACCCACCAUGCUCCAACGGAGGACUCUGUCUGUCUGUCAACAUCUGUCAGUGCCCCGCUGAGUAUAGAGGCCCACAGUGUCAAUAUGCAACCACCGCGUGUGACGUCCGCCGGCUGGGUUUCAACGGAGGCUACAACUGUUUCGGCGACGCUGACAGUUUCUCCUGCCAGCUGAACUGUCCCGCUGGAGCGACCUUCAACUCUCCUCCGAGUGACCUGUAUGUCUGCACCUACGCCACCGGGGUCUUCCAGCCGCAACCCAUUCCACAAUGUGUUUUCAAUGAACAUGAAACAGUUCACAUAAUAAGAAAUGGAAGUGAACGUAGCAGUUACGAAGGACAUGGUAGCUACGGACACCAUAGCAGCUACGAACACCACAGUGGGUACGAAGAACAACAAAGUGGCUUCGAGCAACAAAGCGGCUUCGAGCAACAAAGUGGCUUCGAGCAACAAAGCGGCUUCGAGCAACAAAGUGGCUUUGAAAACAAUGCCACAGAAGGUUUAGAACAACAUACUGUGUCACAACAACAGAGUGGGUUUGAAAUAGUAGGCCAAAGCAAAGGAAGUAACCUUGUCGUUCAGGACUUUACACCGAAAGGCGGCGUUUGCUUAACCUGGGCUGGCGUACAUUACAAGACUUUUGAUGGUAAAAUCUAUAGUUUUCAAUCCCCUUGCCCACACAUCCUGCUGAGGGACAAACGCGAACACAAGUAUACUGUAGCAGUUAGACACGGAGAGUGUAAACGCCACGCCUACUGCCCAGCGGAGCUGACUGUCUACCUGGAAGACAAGAUCUAUGUGCUUGGCGUUGGAGAGGACGGGUCAGUGAUGUUCCGCAGCACGCACCGCCUGAUCCCCAUCCCGGCGUCACUGCCAGGCAUCAGAGUGUCCAUGCCCAGUGACCAGGUCGUCGUCAACCUCGACUCGCAAGGGAUCACACUGAAGUGGGAUACUAAUACUCAAGUGGUAGUGGAAGGAAACGUCCAGAUAUGGAACAAUACUGAAGGUCUUUGCGGUCUCCUAAACGGCAUCCCGGACGACGAUUUAUUGACCAAAGAGGGAGAAAUUGCUACAACCAAGUCUGUUUUGGCGUCGUCUUGGCAAAUCAACAAGAUUGGAGAUGUAUGCAGUAACAACCCAGUGGAAGCCAAUGCUUGCUCCACAAAGUCUGAAGCUGAGGUGAAGAAAGCUUUUCAGUUUUGUUCGAGUAUCUUCAGCAAGGACAAGUUCCGGAAGUGCUCUAAGGCCAUGGACGUCACCCAGUUGUUGGACACCUGUCAGUGGGACUACUGCGCAUGUGUGGAUAGCGAGAGCCCGGAAGAGUGCGCUUGCGCCACCGUAUCAGUAUACGCUAAAGAGUGCCUCCGAAACGGUGUUCAGGAAAUGAAAGAUUGGCGCGAUACCGAGACAUGUCCAAUGAAAUGCCCUGAAGGCAAAGUGUACAAGGCCUGCGGACCAGACUCGCAACCAAGCUGCGCAUUCCCCAAAGUAAUCACCCAUGUAGACAACUCCAGCUGCGUCGAGGGAUGCUUCUGUCCCGAGGGGUUGUUCCUUGAAGGUGGCAAAUGCGUUGAGAAGAACGAAUGCCCUUGUCGGUUGAGGAAUAAGAGCUUUAAACCCGGGACUGUUGUCAACAAGGAAUGCAAUACCUGCUCCUGCCAAGCCGGUGAGUGGACCUGCACCCAGGUGCCGUGCGGCGCUCGCUGCAGCGCCAUGGGCGACCCUCACUACACCACCUUCGACGGCCUGCGGUACGACUUCAUGGGACACUGCACUUACAACAUGCUGGUCACCGAUAACGUUACUGUCGAGGUCGAGAAUGUCGCCUGCUCUGGAGCUAUCAGUGAGGCCAUGAACCUUGUUCCCUCCACCAGCGAAGGCAAGCCAUCUUGCACAAAGGCAGUGAAUAUCAAAUAUGGCGCCGCCACAGUGCACCUGAAGCAGGGAGGGUUUAUCAUGGUCAGUGGCCAGGAAGUGACGUCACUGCCCGUGUUGGCUGGCGACAUCAUGAUCCGUGCUGCUUCCUCGCUCUUCGUUAUUGUGCAACUACCCAACAAAGUGGACGUUUGGUGGGAUGGCAACACCAGGGUAUACGUGGAUGUACCGCCAACAUUCCAUGACAAAACUAAGGGUCUCUGCGGAACCUUCAACCUGAAUCAGAAAGACGACUUCCUCACCCCUGAAGGUGACGUGGAACAAUCCUCACACGCGUUCGCCAACAAGUGGAAGACCAGGGAACUGUGCCAAGAUAUCGACCUUCAAGAGCCGGAGCACCCUUGCAAGGCUAAAGUGGAGAAUAAGGAGGUUGCUGAGAAGUAUUGUAGCAAGCUGAAGAGUAAACUGUUUGAACCAUGCCACUGGUUCGUGGACGUGGAGCCGUACUACUCGGCGUGCGUGUACGACAUGUGCGCGUGCGCAGAGGACGCGGCGCGCUGCCUGUGCCCCGUGCUGGGAGACUACGCCAUGGCGUGUGCCAAGAGCGGUGUUAACAUACAGUGGCGGUACAACGUCAAGGAGUGCGAGCUGUCCUGCGGCGGUGGCCAAGAGUACACAGUAUGCGCGGACAGCUGCCUGCGCACCUGCGCAGACGCCGCUGCGCAGGGCUCUGGGACAUGCAAGCCUUGUUGUGUGGAGGGAUGCGCUUGCCCGCCUGGACAGGUACUGGACGAACACAACACAUGCGUGCCUGUCGGCAUGUGUCCCUGCUACCAUAAAGGAUUGAAGUUCGAACCCGGGUACAAAGAAGUCAGGCCGGGCAGGCGGGAAAGGGAACUAUGCACCUGCGCAGGCGCACGCUGGCAGUGCAUCCCCGCGACCGAUAGCGACAUACAGAACUACCCUCCGGCUGAGGAUCUGAGAAGCACCUGCAGCGCCACUGAACACAUGGAGUUUACUACCUGUGAGAGUGUGGAACCUCUCACUUGCAAGAACAUGCAUCUACCGUCAACAAGCACUCAAGCGGAGUGCCGUCCCGGGUGUCAAUGCAAGAAGGGCUUCGUUCUCGACACCAUGUCCAAGAAAUGUGUCCGCGCCACCGAGUGCCCCUGCCAUCAUGGUGGAAGGAGCUACCCUGAUGGACAUGUCAUGCAGGAGGAGUGCAAUAAAUGUGAAUGCAAGAGCGGCAACUGGUCGUGCUCGACCCGCAAGUGCCCGGGCGUGUGCACGUCGUGGGGUGACUCGCACGUCACUACCUUCGACGGCACCGAGUACGACUUUGAAGGCGUCUGCACGUACCUGCUGGCUAAAGGCGUGAAGGACAAGAAGGACGGGUUCGAGGUUCAAAUUCAGAAUGUUCCAUGCGGCACAACAGGUGCCACCUGCUCCAAGUCGAUAACCCUGACAGUAGGCUCUGGAUCAUCUCAGGAAGUGAUCUCUCUCACGCAAGGGACCCCUGUACCAGAUUUCUCCAAACUUCAGAGGAUCAAACUGAGGACUGCUGGAGUUUACAUGUUCCUGGACGUUCCAUCUAUGGGCAUGAGUUUACAAUGGGACCGCGGCAUGCGAGUGUACGUCAAAGUCGACCCCAUGUGGCAAGGCAGGGUAAAAGGUCUAUGUGGCAAUUACAACAACGACAUGCGCGACGACUACCAGACGCCGAGCGGCGGCACCGAGUCAUCAGCGCUCAUCUUCGUCGACUCCUGGAAACUUAAGACCACCUGUCCCAAGCCGAAGCAUGUUGAGGAUCAUUGCGAACAACGACCCCAGCGCAAGGAAUGGGCGGUGACCAAAUGCGGAGCUUUAAAACGGUAUCCGUUUACGCUGUGCCACACUGAGGUCCCGCCUUCAGGCUUCAUAGAGCGCUGCGAGAAAGACGCGUGCGCGUGCGACUCGGGCGACGAUUGCGAGUGCGCAUGCACCGCGCUCGCGACGUACGCGCAGCUGUGUGCCAGUCGCGGAGUGUCCUUCAAGUGGAGAACGCAGGAGAUGUGUCCGAUGCAGUGUGACGAGGAAUGUUCCAACUACGACGACUGCAUGUCGUCGUGUCCGCUCGAGACUUGCGACAACACGGUCGACUACGUCGAGAUACAGGCCAUCUGCGAACGGGACUCUUGUGUUGAAGGUUGCAAGCCGAAGAAGACCUGUGCAGAAGGCCAAGUGUACCAGAACAGUUCGUAUACAAGCUGUGUGCCGCGCAACAAAUGUCGCCGAGUGUGCUUGACUUUGCCCAACGGUCAUGAGGUGCUAGAAGGAGAGAUCACAGAGGAAGACGCCUGUCAUACUUGCAGAUGUUCGCAAAAGAAAGUUGUUUGCACUGGCCAAGCGUGUUCCACAGCAGUGCCAUCAGUAACACCAGCAUCUCCAACGACGCCGUUCAGUAACGAUGAGCAGCUGAAGUGUGUGGACGGAUGGACGCCCUGGGUAAACAGAGGGUUCCCGCAGACCAGCCCCAACGGACAAUCCGUGGAAAAGGAGCCUCUGCCUUUGCCUAAAGAGCUGACAAUCGGCUCCCCCAUGUGCGCAACAUCGGACAUGACCAAAAUCGAGUGUCGUAGCACGAAGAAUCACCUGUCUCUGAAAGCAGCCGGCAUCAAUGAUGGCGAGUGCAGCCUGGAGAAAGGCUUCUAUUGCAAGGAGACUGGACAAACUUGUCCGGACUUCGAGAUACGGGUGUUCUGCGAGUGUAUGAAAGGGAGAACUGUUGAAGAGCCAUUCCAAUGUAUGGACUCAGAGCACCCGAACCACCCCCAUCCAACCGACUGCGGCAAGUUCUACGAGUGUACCCCAGAGCCUGGCAAUAUGUUGGGCAAGAAACACGCGGUACUGAAGGAGUGUGCCGCUGGAACCUGGUACAACCCUAAAACUAUGGUCUGCGACUGGCCUGCCAUCGUCAUGACUGUCAGGCCUGAGUGUGGAGAGCCUCAGGUCGUCACAGAAAUACCUACUAUCCCUCCUGCGAAGAUUGUAUCAACUACACCGGUUAUCAUAGAAGAAGAAGAAUAUACAACAUCUAAAACAGCCGUCACACAUACUCUGUCUACUUCUGCAACUGUAAAGGUCACUACUCAUAUCCCUGAACCAAAAACGGACCUAUGUCCGCCUGGCCAGACGUAUUCUGAAUGCGCGUAUCCUUGCAACCAGUUAUGCCACCACUACAAGAAUACCUUGAAGAAGGAGGGAGAGUGCUUGCAACAACAGUCUAUCAAAACCGUGAAUAAAGAGAUAAAGGAGUGCGCCGCGGGCUGCACCAAGGCUCCGUGUGAGAAAGGCAUGCUCUGGCGCGAUGGUCACACUUGUGUGCCGGUUAAAGACUGCACUUGUUACUUCGAAGGACAACUUGUCAAGCCCGGAGGCGUAGUAACGAGUGGGUGCAAGAAGUGCCAGUGCUUGAACAACGACCUACACUGCGACACAUCAGACUGUGAAGCCUCCACCGUGAUGGAACAGCCAGUUGUCACCGCCGCCACCGUUCCAGAGAGCAUGGGUGGGCUUGCCACCACCACGCCUGCCGUUAUUGUCACAAGGAACACUGCCACGCCGCCACCUGAGUGCAGUCCUGAGGGGUACGUUAAUCUGGUGUGGAGCAACCCGCUGCCCGAGUCGGCGUUCUCAGCGAGCUCCUACGUCAGUGAGCUUUUUCAACCGCAGUACGCGGAACUCAACGCGCGUCCUUCACACGACAGUGCGGGCAGUUGGUCGCCAGAAACUGAUGAUACAAAUCAGUGGAUUCAAGUAGAGUUGCCCCGAAAGGAGCCGAUAUACGGCCUGAUCAUGCAGGGGAGCCCACUUUUCGACCAAUACGUCACCAGCUACAACGUCAUGUACGGAGAUGAUAAGAACACCUUCCACAUGGUCGAAGGCCCUGACGGGAAACCUAAGGUGUUCCGCGGCCCAGCAGACAAGACAGCACCACUGAAGCAGAUGAUCGAGCCUCCAAUAGAAGCGAAGGUGGUCCGCAUCAAGCCACUGUCGUGGCAUGACUCCAUCGCCGUUCGCUUCGAGCUGAUCGGCUGCCAGAAUCCUAGCACUACUCCGAGCAUUGUCUCCACUACACCUUUGCCCAUACAAUGCGUGGAGCCGCUGGGUCUAGCGGCUGAGUUACCAGUAGAGCUCAUCAUGGUCAGCUCCAACCCGGACCUGCGCAGGAACUUCAAGUUGGAUGGGGAAAGCGGCUGGAAAGCCUUGUACAGCAUGCCUGGGGAGUGGAUUAUGUUCGACUUCACAUCUCCGCGCAACAUAACCGGCGUAAAGACCAAAGGUGGUCCAUCAGGCCAUGUGACGUCAUACAAAGUUAUGUAUUCCUCCGACCUUCCAAACUUCAACCCGGUUGUCGACGAAAAUGGAAGCGAAAAGGUGUUUCCAGGAAACUUUGAUAAAGAGUCGGUAGUCUUCAACACCUUCCAACCUCCAAUACAUGCGAGAUACUUCAAGAUCUUGCCCCUGAAAUGGAAAGACGCUAUCGAAAUGAAAGUAGAACCGGUUGGAUGCUUUGAACCCUACCCACCGCCUUCAACAGCACCCCCGCAAUUAACAUCGACCGCCGCCACUCCGUUCUGCGAGCUAUGUCCCGGCGUCCACAGUACCGAGUGCGUCUGCAACUCCACAUCUGCGAAGUACUAUGACGGCGAGAAUUGUGUCACUCGAGACCAGUGCCCUUGCGUCGUUGCUUUUAUGUCAUAUGCAGUAGGGUCCACCUUCCACGGUACCAACUGCGACGAAUGCAUGUGCAAACUCGGCGGUGUCACCGACUGCAAACCCUUCAAAGAAUGCAACUGUGCGCCUAAUCUCGUCCCAAAACUAGUGAAAGCGACCUGCGAAUGCGUCUGUGAGCCGUGCCAGGCUGGCUCCCGCAUAUGUCCGACUAGCAAGAUCUGUCUGCCUCUGGAGAAGUGGUGCGACGGGCUCCAGGACUGUCCCGAUGAUGAGAAGCACUGCGACGAGUCGAAGCCGAUUGUGUUGACCACUGUCGAGCCUACUCCCGCGCCAGUAGUCACUACUACUCCUACACCUGAAGUUACUACUGCCAAACCGGUAGCGUGUCCAGUGGUGGAAUGUCCACCAGGGUACUUCGUGCGUUACGUCAACCCUAGCUCUUACUCACACGCGUCCUCAGACCUCCCUCCGCCGAGACCUCGCAACUCCUACUCGAGAUACACCAAAGGAGGACGCUCCAAGGGCGGAUACUCCAAGGGAGGAUACUCCAAAAAAAGCGGUUAUUCUAAAGGGGGCUACUCUAAAGGAGGAUACUCUAAAGGAGGAGUCACACCAAUUCCGCUGCCGCCAACAACUAUAUCCCCCACAGCGGCUCCAACAGUUGCCCCCAAGCAGGAACAGUGCCGUCAGUUCAAGUGCAUCCCCAACUUGCCUCCCCCCUUCCUGCCGGGGUCCACCCCUGCCCCCGUGGAUUGUUCGCCACCAAUCUGUCCUCCGCAGUACACGCUCAAACUGGAUGACGUGCCGCUACGACCUAACCAGUGUCCACAAUACAUAUGCGUGCCCCCACCGGAGCGCCUGACAUUCUGCAACAUGACGGGGCGCACGUUCAAUACGUUCGACGGCAGCGAGUACAAGUUCGACCCUUGCUUCCACGUCCUCGCUCGCGACAGCAAGUUUAACGCCUGGGCCGUGUUAGUCCGCAAGAUGUGCACGAUGGACGGCUGUCAAUACCAACUCAUGGUCCAACAAGAUGACGAAAAAAUCCUCGUCAAACCCGACCUGAUGAUCCAAUACAACAACUACGAAUACACCGUCGAGCAGACCACCAAGAUAUGCUUCCAGAAGAACAGCUUCGACGUCAACAAGAUUGGCAACGGUUUGACCAUCAAGUCUAGGAAAUAUUACUUCAUUGUGUAUUACACGCCGGAUGGGAAUAUCAAGAUUGGGGUAUCAUCAAAAUACAAGGAUGCCGUCGACGGCUUAUGCGGGUACUACAGCGAUGACGUGACAGACGACCGUCGCAUGCCAGAUGGCAGGUUUGCAUUCAGUAUCGAGGAGUUUGGCCGCUCAUGGGCCAGGCCCGGACUGAGGGACGAUGCCUGUGAAGCCAAGGUCAUCGAUGCUAAUAAGCAGAAUCGCGUGUGGGAGAUGUGUGCUGCUAUUGUCAAAGAACCAAUCUCACGCUGCGGCAACGUCCUCAACCUGGACAAAUGGAGGAGCAUUUGUCUGGAGAAGAUCUGCGAGUGCUCCGAGCUGGUGGUGAACGGCACCAAGAAGACCGAGGAGGAGUGCCGAUGUCUGUUCCUGGACACUUUGGUAGCGCAGUGCUUGGCUAACGAGAAGGGCAUCGAUCUCGACGACUGGAGGAUGCAGAUGGAUUGUCCGGCGGAGUGCCCAGCGCCCUUGGUCCACUACGACUGCUACCGGCGCCGCUGCGAGCCAUCUUGCUCUGAGCUAAGCGCAGCCCAGCGCACCUGCCCCGUAGAGGACGGCCAGUGCUUCCCCGGCUGCUACUGUCCUGAGGGCAAGCUCAGGAAGGGAGACACUUGUGUGGCGCCACAGGACUGCGCCGACUGUCUGUGCAACAACCAGGGCAACCCGGCCAAGUACCUCACCUUCCAAGGCGACGACCUCCCGUUCCUUGGGAACUGCACCUACAUCGCGUAUAGGGAGAUGAACGAGUCUGGCAUAUACAAGAAUCAGAUAUUCGCUACGAACGGAAAGUGUGAAGGCAGCGAUUCCUCGGUUUGUCUCGUAGACAUCUCCCUCGUUCACGGUAACAACGUCGUGCGAGUUGUGAAGGACGAUGUUACUCACAAGUUGAUACCGACUGUAGACAACAAAGCCGUCUUCAAGUUUCCUCUCAAGAAGGACUGGAUUGUCAUAUCUCAAGUGAAUGGAAAUGAUGUGUCUGUAUACCUCCCUGAAGACCAUGUAGAGCUGAUAGUGACCCAAGAGAACAUGGGCUUCUACGUGCGCGUGCCAUCUUACCUGUACGGCAACCGUACUGAGGGGCUGUGCGGCGUCUGCGCCGGCGACUUGGAACAUCUGCUCACCAGUAAUGGGACCACCACUGAUGUUGUCGAUGAGUUCGGCCACAGCUGGGAAGCGUCGCCUGAAGCCCUGCGGCUCCUGCCAGCAGGCAAGCUGUGCACCGCGCCGCCGCCCCCGCCCGCCUGCAUACCGCUACCAGAGGACUUCAACCCGUGUAAGAACCUACUCAAUGCCGACAAGUUUGGAGCGUGCCACGCGCUAAUAGAUCCUCACUUAUACGUGGCGUCUUGCGAAGAGGAACUAUGCGCCCAGAACUCUACCAACGCGUGUCCCAUACUGGAAAGAUACGCGGCCGAGUGCAGGAGGCAACACGUCUGUCUGGAUUGGAGGGACGGCUUGUGUCCUUACAACUGUUCGGAACCUCUAGAGUACAAUGCGUGCAUGAAGUGUGAAGAAACCUGCGACAGUUACCUUCAAAAAGAUAGUGCGAAGAAGUGUGACUCCAAGGAAUAUACUGAGGGUUGUUUCUGUCCGCCCGGAAAGGUUCGACUCAACGGCACCUGCAUAGAACCUGGUAAAUGCUUCCCGUGUGACGUUGCUGGGACUCACUACGUAGGAGACGAGUGGCAGGAGGAUGCAUGCACGAAGUGCAAGUGCAGCAUAAUAGAGGACAAUGCCGUGCAUAUUUCGUGCACGGAGACCGUAUGCACGAAGGCCGUCUGCACGGAGCACGAAGACCAGAUCACCAUCCCCACGAAACCUGGCAAGUGCUGUCCGGAGUACAAAUGUGUACCAAAGACUCAUGACAAGCAGAAAUGUGAACCACCCAAGGAGAUGGAGUGUGCGCACGGACAGGUGCUCAAGCAGAAGACCAGGGCCGAUGGAUGCAAGGAGUAUGCUUGUGAAUGCAAGCCGCCAAGCGAGUGUGACCCGAUCCCUGACUCAAGCGAAGUUGACAUCUUAACGCCGGGCAUGGAACGCGUGGUAGACAACUCGGGAUGCUGUCCUCGUGUCCUCAUGCUGUGCCGCCCCGAGUCCUGUCCCGAGCCACCUGUAUGUCCCAGGUUCCACACGUUGAAGAUCACCAACGUUACUGGACAAUGCUGCCCGAAACAUGACUGUGAGUUACCUGAAGACAAGUGUGUAGCGACGCUGGAGUGGGAGGCUACUCCGAUAGGCGGCGAGAAGCAGAGAGAGAAACCACUCUACAUAUUGAAGGAUAUGGACGCAGUAUGGCCAGACGGUCCGUGCCGGCGCUGCACGUGCGAGCGCUCAGGGCGAGGGCCCACCGUGCGGUGCUCCACCACGGACUGCGCCCCCAUACAAGCCACCGAGGACUUCGUGCUCCAACCACGACCCGUGCCUUUCAAAUGCUGCCCUGAAGCGGAGUAUGUCGCUUGUCGAGAUGAGGAUAAGGUUUAUAAGGUGGGAGAAACCUGGACAUCUCCAUACGACGCGUGUGUAUCAUACGUGUGCCAAGCAACUGAAGACGGCAAGCUUACAAAGAUCACCACCAAACAAUCCUGCGUCAAAGACUGCGAUCCUGGUUGGCAAUACGUGCCGCCGGCGCCAGACAGCGGGUUGUGCUGCGGGAAAUGUAAGCCUCAGGCGUGCGUCUACCACGGCGAGAGCCACGCCAUCGGGGAGCAUUGGGUGUCGCCAGACUACUGCACUGUCUACACUUGCAUAGAGAGCAAUGAUACGCUACAAAUUCAAAUAUCGAACACGACGUGCCCCGACGAGCCCGAAGAGAACAAGAAAUCAUUCGUCCUGAAAGAGAAGGUGGUGCCCGGACAGUGUUGCAAGUCUUAUGAACCAAUUGCUUGCCGGGAUGGGAACAAGAUAUACCAGGAGGGACAAACAUGGCCGACAUCGGACCCCUGCAAGAACACAACCUGCGUACGCGACGACACAGGCCGUCUCACUCAUACGUCACUGGUCCAGACGUGUGUGAACGAGUGCGAACCAGGAUGGAAACAUGUUGCGCCACGUUCUGGAGAAUGCUGCGGGUCUUGCAAGCAGGCUACCUGUUUGUAUGACGGCGAGAUGCAUUUACCAGGCACGACGUGGUCAUCAGAUGACCAAUGCAAGAACUACACGUGUGAUGUUGACGGCGACCGGCUGGCCGUGUCGAUAUCCGUCGUCUCGUGCCCUGAUGUAUCGGAUUGCAGCCCGGAGGACCUCGUCAAUGACACCUGUUGUCAAAUUUGUAAGGAGAAACCUCAGGCUUUGAAAACGUGCAUGCGUGAGUCGCUGGGCGUGUCGGCGGCGGGCGCGGUGGUCGUGCACCUGGGCAGGCACGGCCGCUGCACCAACAGCGCGCCCGUCGAGGUGCUGUACGAGUGCCGCGGGACUUGCACCUCAGGGACAUUCUUCAGUAAAAAGACAGGCACCCACGGAACCAAGUGCGAGUGCUGCCAAGCGGUCAAGUACGAGUCGGUGACCAUCACGCUGCUGUGCGAAGACGGGACUGAGCAGCAGCACCGCGUCGCCUCGCCGUCAGAGUGUAAUUGUAGGAGCUGUAGCGGCGACGGAUUCCUGCCUUCUUUGAUCAAUACUACUCCGGGACAUUAUGUUACGGAGGAGGGAGAGAUUCCUGAAAUUUACCAAAGGAUGGAAACUAAUGAGAGGUCAAAAUAAACAUCGAGGAGAACUGGUGGAGGAAUUGGUCGAGGCAUAUAAGUGUCGAAGACUCAAAAAAACCUAACAAUGUUCGAAUACCAGUACAAAAGGAUAUAUAAAAAAACACAUGGAUCACAAUGAUUUUAUCUUUAAUAUAACAAAUAUAUUUU